CUUGACCAAACUAUAGACAUGUUAUUCGAAACUAUUGAACUAGAUUCACAUAUCAAAGAAGUAGUAAUUGAAAAACUAAGAAUGGAAGAUCUACAAAUUGAAUAUCUAAAAGGAGAAUAUAAGUUAUAUAAAACCAAAUCGAAAGAAGAGUAUAAUACCAAAGAAAUUCUCAAACAAAUCAAGUAUCUUCAAAACGAAGUAAUUAAUAUACUAGUUAAAUACCAGAAAGAAAAUAUCAAAGAAAACAAAAAUGAAGACUUAAAUAUUGACAACUUAUUCAAAUACAGAUAUAUUAUUGAUUUAAUCAGAAGAAAAAAUAGAAUCAAGAAUUGGUUAACAAGGUACGAAGAUAGCAGACUCAAAGCUUUUCAAGCACAAAAUUAUUAUAUAGCAGCUUUAAAGCACAUAUUACAACGAGUACCAUUAAUGAAGAUAUCACAAGUAAUAGUAUUCAAUUCAAAAUCAGCAAUAUUAUUAACACAACAAAUAUAUCCAAAAAAAGUAUAUUAUCAACAUUACAGACCACCAGGAGAAAAGCAAAUUACAUACCUUGAAUCAUUUAAACAAAUAGCCAAGCGAGAAACAUUUAAAGAAACAGAAAUAGAAAUACCUCUUAGCAAAUUAACAGAAGAUUUGCAAUAUCGAGUGUAUCUUAAAAGUAAAUAUGAAUUUAAAUACUUAGAUCCAGUAAUUAAGCAACAAUUCAAAGAGAUAGAGAUAACCAAAAUUUAUCAACACAAUAUAGAUUUCGUAAAGCAAGCAAGUGCUAUACAAGAAGCAAUUAAUUAUAUUAAAUUAGUAAAACCAUUACCAA